AUGCCGCAACGGCCUUCGUCUCCGCACCAUUUGGUGGCCGCUUCGGUGUUCGAUUUGAAGGCGGAUCGUUCGUGCUCGCCGUCGGAGUCUCGGCGAGUGAGCGGCGACUCUCUGGAGACCUUGGCCUGCGAGAAGGCGAUCGGCGAGCGUUUCCUCAUUCCCGAAGCGCAAGAAGUUGCUCCGUUGAAGAAGCUGAAACGCGAGUGCCGCCUUGCAGGCGAGGAGAACGAGAGCCUUCCGCAGCGCCUCGUCGCAGUCGCGAGACGGUUCGAAAGCCGCGCAGUUCGAGCUAGAGAACCCGCCGAGGGGGAGAAGGCGAACGGGAAGUCUGAGGAGACUGAAGAGCCAGGCGCGAAGGUGGAUGCGAAACCACACUCGCAGUCGCCCGAGGCAGAGGAGCGAGAUGAGAACACUCAAGGGGGGAAAGCCCGCCGCGAGACGCGCGAGGUGCGUGCUGAGGGCAUCGCGAAGAAGCUUCUAGAGGUCGAGAGUCUCCUCAAAGACGCUCCAAGAGACGCUUCGCCGGUGUUCUGCCAACCGCGACGAGGCGUGUCCGUGAUCGCGCCGCCCCCUGAUCGCGCCUUUCUUCGCGGGGAAACAACGCCGCACCGCGAGGUGCGAAAGCGCGGAAGUGUCGAGGCCGAGAGCCCCGUCCGCGUGUCGUCGCCGACCAGCACGCCCCGCCUCGAGAAACAACGGAUGUCGAAAGAAGAAAAGGAACGAGAGAGACAAGAAAGAGAAGAAGAAAGGGAAGGAGGAGAGGCAGAAGAGAGAGAGAGAGAAGAAAGCGAUGGGAGAGAAGAAGAUUCAGAGACGUCACACGACGAAGAAGAAGGUCUAGGGGCAUUGAAUCGGCGAAGGACGACUCUGUCUCGCGUCGGAUAG